CUUUCGGCCCCCUGCGGCGACCCGUAGCAUGCUGCCCUGUGACCCUCGGCGGCGCCGGGGUGAAAGGGCGGGCGGCCAUUUUGUGGCGGUUGGUAGCCCCUGAGGCUGGGGCCCGGUCCGGUCCGGUCCAGCCAGGCCGGGGCAGGCGAGCCGCGGAGCCGGGCGGGUCCGGGGCCCUCCGCGGGUCCCGCUGCGCCGCCGCCGCCGCCAUGUCCUCCUUCUCGGAGUCGGCGCUGGAGCGAAAGCUGUCGGAGCUGAGCAACUCCCAGCAGAGCGUCCAGACGCUGAGCCUGUGGCUCAUCCACCACCGCAAGCACGCCGGGCCCAUCGUCUCCGUCUGGCACCGCGAGCUCCGGAAGGCCAAAUCAAGUAGGAAACUAACUUUCCUAUACUUGGCAAACGAUGUCAUCCAGAACAGUAAAAAGAAGGGACCUGAGUUUACAAAGGAAUUUGAAUCUGUGCUUGUGGAUGCUUUUUCACAUGUUGCCAGGGAGGCAGAUGAGGGCUGCAAGAAGCCCUUGGAGCGAUUGCUGAACAUCUGGCAGGAGAGGAGUGUGUAUGGCAGCGAAUUCAUACAGCAGUUGAAACUGUCCAUGGAGGACUCCAGCAGCCCCCAAACGAAAGUUACAGAGGAGAAGAAGUCCUUGAAGCGGACGUUUCAGCAGAUGCAAGAAGAGGAAGAUGACGAUUAUCCUGGAAGUUACUCCCCACAGGACCCCAAUGCUGGGCCCCUUCUGGCAGAGGACUUGAUCAAAGCCCUGCAAGACUUGGAAAACGCAGCAUCGGGAGAUGCCACUGUGCGGCAGAAAAUCGCCUCUCUUCCCCAGGAGGUUCAGGACGUGUCGCUGUUGGAGAAGAUUACAGACAAAGAGGCGGCAGAGUGCCUUUCGAAGACGGUGGACGAGGCGUGUUUGCUACUCGCGGAGUACAAUGGGCGACUAGCAGCGGAGCUGGAAGACCGGCGCCAGCUGGCACGCAUGCUGAUUGAAUACACGCAGAACCAGAAGGAUGUGCUGACGGAAAAGGAGAAGAAGCUGGAGGAAUACAAGCAGAAACUCGCUCGAGUAACUCAGGUCCGCAAAGAGCUCAAGUCGCACAUCCAGAGCCUGCCGGAUUUGUCACUGCUGCCCAACGUCACUGGGGGGCUGGCGCCUCUCCCGUCUGCUGGGGACCUUUUCUCAACUGACUAGGACGCAAGGGGGUCUGUGUUCCCACCUCCCCUGGUUCCAGCAACAGCAGCAGACCCCUUCGUAACGUUGGGCGAUUCUCGCGGGAAGCCGGCCUUGGAAGGGAUGGGCAGAGACCCGCCAUGGGCCAUCUCCACUGGGCCUGCUGCCCGCUCUGGUGACUGGGGGUUAGGAUGGGCGUGGAAGGGCACCGCCUCUGUUUUGGAGGAAGGCAGAAGGCAUCUUCCUUUCUUGAUGAAAGUUCACACUGACUUCGCUUCCUGGGUGGCACUUCCAGCUGAUGCAGAUCAUGUGUGCCGAGAGCCGUCAAAGAAUUUUGAUUUCUGUGUUGCUUUUUUUCUCUCCUGUGUUAAAAAAAGAAGACGAACUGGAUUGCUUGGGGGUUCCACUCGGGCCACGUCAGUGUUGAUUUGGGGGGCCUGCUAGUCCGUGUGUCAGGAAUGGCAGAGGCAUCUGCUCAGUGGAUCGCCACAGGGAAGAUUCCCCCUCUUCACAUAUGACCAAAAUCAGCUUGGGUGACCGAAACCCCAAUUCCCCUCCUUUCAGCUCUGUGGCCUGGGGUCAGUGGAAGCCAUUCCCGCCGCCCCCCGCCCCCCCGUCCCAUUCGCAUGGGCUGCUCGUUCUACAGCAGUAAAAUGGAAACCACCAAAGGUUCAGAUCAGUGGGUUUUAGUAAGGGUUUGCCCCCCAUCUUUCUCUUGGUCAGCUAAUUUUCUUUUUAGCCUCGAGUCAGUGGGAGGGACAGGGAUUGUAAACAGGCCUGCUCUCUGAAGGGCAGCACAAUUGCCCCCUUCAAACGGAGCCCUGCCUGAGGAGAUGCCCGUAGAGCCAUGCCCAGGCUGGACUAAGCCCUGCUUGUUGGUGCUUUCCCCCUCGUACGCGGCACAGCAGGCUGAUUCUUGGAAGUGCGAGCGUUUAUUUUGCCCUGAUCGCUGCUGAUGGCGUGGGCUUUCCUGCUGUUUUUCAAAAGAAACCACAAAUUACCAAACCCAUUGCUGCUGCAUUUUUGGUAGCCAUAUGAGGCAUCACCCCCCUGCCCCCUUUCUAGGGGAGUUGCCCUUCCCUUUGCUCCCCCCCCCCCCAAGUCUUGAAAUUCCUUUGCUUUCCUUACGUGGAAGGGUUUCGCUUUCUGCUUCGUGCCCAGAUCCAGCCACAAGAAUCCCCUUCUCAGGCUGGCCUCUCGCAGAUGGUCACGACAUCCCCCGUCCGCUCAGCCCAGGCUGGCAGACGUGACCCCGGACGUCUGGCGGUGCCGGGUGGAGAAGGCAGCUUCCCGUGGUCUUUGAGUCUCUGCGCAGCAGCCUUUUCGCCUUCGCAGACCAUGGGGCAGUGAGGAACCCCCCCUUGCGCAUGUGGGUGUGAGACAGAGUGUGCGUUCAGGUCGCAGCAGCACAACUUUGGCAGCCCAUGUAUUCUGUUUUUUGUUUAACGUCAUUGAAAUCUGCUUUCAGAGGUCAGGUUGAGGCAGGACCUGUGAUGAGUGCACUGUGUGGUCUUUUCGCUACGAUCCAAUCCAUCUCUUCCCCUGAGGCAUUUUCUUAAAUCUGUAUAUGAAUCAAUCUAGAAAUUUAGAGGUAUAGGCUGUCAUUUUAACAGCAGUAUAUUCUGAAAUGUCUCAUAAAUAUAUUUUUGAAUAAAGAGGGUGUCAUUC